UCGGCGGAGACAAAGAUGGGUGAGCGAGCGAGUGGGAGGUGGCCCUGUGGCCCGUGUCUGGCUCGCUAAUGGCUGUGUGGGAUUAGCUUUCACAUUCAGCAGGGCCCAGAUGGCCGAGCAAUUCGCUGGGCUGGCCUCCCUCUUUCCCUCUUUCUCACUCUUUCUUCCUCAUGCCCUCUCUUGGCACUUCUGUGGCACAGCGUUACAUAUUAUUUAAUUAAAAAUAACAUUUCAAUAAGAGUUGCGGUCGCAGAUUGCCGUUUGAACCCGAGAGCUGUGCCUGGCUCGCAGGUGCUGACCCCACUCUCUCCCCGCAGAGGACGCGAGCCCCCCUGUGACAUCCCUGGGUUCGGAGCCCGCCCCCAUGGACCUGCGUGUGGGCCAGCGGCUGGUGCGGCCCGUCGCAGACGCGGCCAUGCUGACGCCGCUGCCCCCACCGCUCCUGCUCGGCUCCUUCUCUGCCCAGCCCUGCUCCCAGUUCACCCAGCAGCAGCUGCAACAUAUGCAGUUCACCAUGGAGCAGCAGCGCCGAGACCAAGAGAAGGACAAACAGCAGAAGCUGCACCAGCUGUGGCACAAGGAGAAGAGCCAGCGCAGCGCCGUGGCCAGUUCCGUGGUGAAGCAGAAACUGCAAGAGGUGAUCCUGAAGAAGCAGAAGCAGGCUGCUCUCGAGCGGACGAGCUCGAACCCCAUCAGCACCCCCCCUGUGGGAUACCGAGAGCUAGCCCCAGACCCGAACGUGCCCCCCCAGUCUCUGGUAGUGCCCUCCCCCGUGCAGCCGCCCAGCGACCCUCCGGAGGAGCCCCAGCUCCGGCGUGCAGCUUCUGAGCCGAACCUCAAGGUGAAGAACAAGCUGAAGAACCACCUGAACACCCGGAAGAGCCCGCUGACCCGUAAGGAGAGCGCCCCGCCCAGCAUCAAGCACCGUGUCCCGGAAACCUUAGACUCCUCCCCCAGCAGCAGCAGUACCCCUGUAUCUGGCUGCAGCUCACCCAAUGACAGCCUACCCACUGAGAACGGCGCACUGUCCCACGAGGCCCAGAGGCUACUGCUCCAGGAUCGUGAGUCCAUUACCCACUUCCCAGGGCAGAAUCUUGCCACUCUUCCCACCAUUACACUGGGACUCCCUGCCAGUGCCAAGAUAUCUACAGACAUGCCCUCCUUGAGCAUUGGCCGCAUACCUGUGCUGUCCGGGGCUCCUCAGGUGUACCUGGGCCUGGGUGAGCAGACUGGCCCUCUGUCCCCGUGUCUGCAGCCAGUGCUCAUCCUGGAGUCCACGGGCCUUAUGCGGGGCCCCCUGCUUACCGUUCCUGGCAUGAGCCAGAUGCCCCUUCAGUUUGCCUCACAGCUUGACCAUCUGAACCCGCUGGGCCCCCACAAGCCCCUGAGCCGGACCCGCUCGGAGCCGCUGCCCCAGAGCCCGCGGCCCCUGCACCACCACCUGCUCCAGCACCCAAACAGCCAGUUACUGGAGAGGCUGAAACUGCAGGCACACCUGGGAAAGCAGAUACCCAAACCCAGCGAGAAGCCGCGUCUGAAGCAGAUCCCAUCAGAGGACAUGGACUCGGAGGAGGUGGGGCCGGCUGGGCCCAGGGAGGUGCAGCAAGCCAAGGGGCAGGCAGAGUCUCUGCGGGAGGCGGAUGCCCUCGGCGGGAUGGAGGUGGCAUCUGCAGGAGAGGGCAAAGAGGAGCAGAUCAACCUGCAGCACACAGUCAUGCUCAAUCAGGUAGUCUGCACUGCACUGCUGCAGCACACGGUCAUGCUCAAUCAGGUAGUCUGCACUGCACUGCUGCAGCACACGGUCAUGCUCAAUCAGGUAGUCUGCACUGCACUGCUGCAGCACACGGUCAUGCUCAAUCAGUCGUUGCUUUGGGAGAAGCAGAAGCAGCUGCAGCAGAUGCGCCGGCAGACGGCUCACAUGGAGACGCUGGCGGUGCCCAUGAUGCCCGGGGUCGUCCACCGGCCCCUGUCCCGCACGCAGUCCUCCCCAGCCUCCACCUCGCUGACGGCGCCCCUCCCAGCGGCCACCCCCGAGACAUCCAGCAAGCCACGCUUCACCACAGGCCUGGUGUACGACUCCCAGAUGCUAAAACACCAGUGUACCUGUGGGGAUAACAGCAGACACCCGGAGCAUGCUGGGCGGAUCCAGAGCAUAUGGUCCCGGCUGCUGGAGCGCGGGCUCCGGAACCAGUGCGAGAGCAUCCGUGGCAGAAAGGCGACUCUGGAAGAGCUGCAGUCGGUUCACACGGAACGCCAUGUCCUGCUGUAUGGCACCAACCCACUGAACCAGCUGAAGCUGGACAGCCGCAAGCUCAGCGGAAUCCUGUCCCAGAGGAUGUUCGUGAUCCUACCCUGCAGGGGUGUCGGGGUGGACAAUGACACCAUCUGGAAUGAAAUGCACACCUCGACAGCAUCCCGCAUGGCGGCUGGAAGCGUGACCGAGCUGGCCUUCAAAGUGGCCAAGGGAGAGCUGAAGAAUGGCUUCGCAGUGGUGCGGCCCCCAGGACACCAUGCUGACCCAUCCAGCCCCAUGGGAUUCUGCUACUUUAACUCUGUGGCCAUCGCUGCCAGGCAGCUCCAACAGAAGCUCUGUGUCAGUAAGAUCCUCAUCGUGGACUGGGAUGUUCACCAUGGCAAUGGUACCCAGGAGGUGUUCUACCGAGACCCCAGCGUGCUCUACAUCUCACUGCACCGCUAUGAUGAUGGCAACUUUUUCCCUGGCAGCGGGGGGCCAACUGAGGUGGGCUCUGAUGCUGGUGAGGGCUUCAACGUUAAUGUUGCAUGGACUGGAGGCCUGGACCCUCCUAUGGGUGAUGCCGAGUAUCUGGCUGCUUUCAGGACCGUGGUGAUGCCCAUCGCACAGGAGUUCUCACCUGACGUGGUCCUGGUCUCCUCUGGAUUUGAUGCAGCUGAGGGACACCCAGCGCCACUGGGGGGCUACAAAGUGUCGGCCAAAUGUUUCGGCUUUUUGACGCGGCAGCUGAUGCGGCUGGCUGGGGGCAGGCUGGUGCUGGCACUGGAGGGGGGACACGACCUCACGGCCAUCUGCGAUGCGUCUGAGGCUUGCGUCAGUGCCCUGCUGGGCAUGGAAGUGGAGCCGCUGCCGGAGGACGUGCUACGGAAGCAGCCAUGCCCCAAUGCAGUGCGCUCGCUGCAGAAGGUGCUGCAAGUCCACAGUCAGUACUGGCAGUCUGUGAAGCGUGUCGCCCACACUGUGGAGAUGUCCUUCCUGGAGGCCCAGAAACAUGACUGUGAGGAGGUGGACACAGUCAACGCCCUGGCCUGUCUCUCUGUGGGCGUCCUCGCCAAUAAGAGUCUCCCUGAUGAACCCAUGGAACACGAUGAGGACUCCAUGUAGAGGCUGCUGCCCUUCCUCCUUUGACACGCCCUCCUGUUGGGGGGCACCGAUCUGACCCCCCCGCCCCCUUCUCUGGGCUCUGGUACAGCAGGUGCAUCUGCGCACGUCACUUCUCUUGGACCUCGUGCCUUAAUGGGAUUGUGAGGUCAGCGGUGGCCAAGGAUUCCAUAAAAUCUUAAAGCAAAACUGAUCAUAAUAACUGCAAAAGAAACUGCUGAGUUGGGGGGCUGGGGCAUGAGGCUCUGUGAGUUUGAACACUGUCCCUCUAAUCGGAAGGUUUUCGGUCCAAAUCCCUGGGUCACCAGAAUUUAAGACACACAUUUCCUGAGAGUGUAACCCAGUAACAGGCCAGUUCUCCAUAUGAAACGCCUGCCUUUCCCAGAAGAAUGGACUCCUUUUGUUUUACAGGUGCCACACACAGCCUUUUGCUGCCCCCACCCUACCUUAUUUAGCCCUCUGUAUAUUUAUAUAUGCACACCUGUGAACAUCAGGUGUCUGAGAUCUGAGCUCCUGUGUAAAGUUGCCCCGCCUCAGGUGCCCCUCGGCAGUGACACGGCCUGCCUCUCUUCCUCAUACCCGCUCACUGUGGAUGUUUUUUCCCCCUUUCCACUGACUGUCUUAAAAUUCAUAUUAUUUAACCACUAAAGAAGCCAAUGGAGGGACCAUUGCUCCAUGGGAAUUUUUUAUUUUAUUUUAUUUUUAUUUUUUUUUGGAGAUUUUUGCACUGCAUUCCUUAAUGUGAACUAUGAAGCAUUUCCAUCUUCUGGGCAACCAGAACUUUUAUACUGAAAGGCAAAUUGAAGCAGAAAGAGCUGUUUUAAUUUAAUUCCAUUUCAUGAGCCAUCUCUCAUGCUCUACAGCUAAUGUUCACGUCUUAAAGGGGCCACCACACUUGAAGGUGUAAGCUUGGCGGCUUCUCGUGGCAUUUUCCUAAGGACAGAUUGCAGUGCUGGUCAGCAGGAAGACCAGCGGCUCUGGUGUCCAUUCUACUGUGGUCCGCCAGUCUCGUCACACUUUCUUCUGCCAUUGCAGUGCCUUGCCUCCUGUUGCCUUGGCAAUGCUGUCUUGCUCAGUCUUUACCUCUGAGCCACAUGCUAAAGGUUUUUCCUUGGAACACUGUACUGGCUCAUAAUUAUGUACCACCUACUGCCAUUGGUAGUUGUGUCUUAAAGCGACGAUGUAGACCAGCAGUGGCCAAUCUUAUCCGCAAAGGGCCUGUGUAUAUGUUGGUUUU